CUGCGCCACGGCUAUAAGUGGGCGGCGCGCACGGCCUUGCUCCGUGCUCUUCUGCGGACCGAGCUUUUGCCUUCCGAGUGCAGUCUGGUGUGCGAUUUCGCGCUCUCCUUGGCCGACUUUCUUGCCUACUCCUGCACGACCCGCUGUGACAGCGAGCGGCCACUCCCGGCUACUCCUGGAGGAGCCACAAACCUUCCAGAAGCAGAAGGCAGCUCCACUGCUGUACAAAGGAGUGGGAUCCUUUCAGCCAUGAAGCACAUGUUGAACCUCUAUCUGUUAGGGGUGGCGCUGGCCCUGCUUUCCAUCUUCACUAGACUGAUGGAGUCCCUGGGGGGCUUACUGGAGACCCCAUCGCCUGGAGGCUCCUGGACCACCAGAGAUCAGCUAGCCAGCACCGUGCCCAAGGGCCUUCCAGAACAUCCAUCCAGAAGGGUGUGAGAAGACCUCCCUCCACCGGCUGUAACCUUGGAGCACUGGCCUAACCCUUCCAGCCAGGUGUCCCAGUUCCCGGGCAAGCAAACUCAGCCUCAGUGUUAUCACAGCCGAGGCUCUUGAAAGGGCCUUGAAAGGGCCCCUCCUCCAUCUGGGUGCUUCUUGCUCUGGAAACAAGAGCCUGUUUUAAUACACAGGUGUGAGUGGGUUGCCUAUAGUUUUGGGAUGAAGUGAUCUCACGCUUUUCCCCAGAGUCUGCUGUAUGUUUUGCUGUCCUUGACAAUGUGGCUCCGACCUCUCUUAGAUGAGGACUCAUGCUGCAACUUCAGCUGUUGGGAGAUGAUGAUGUUUUCAACCCUCCUUCCUAAACAUCUGCCAAGAAUCCGUUUGGACUUGGGUGUCUUAUGGUCAGUUUCUUUGGUGUUGAGCUUCUCAUUCAUGUGAUCUCUGUGUGUGGGUAACAGUUGAAGAGGUGUGUUGGUUGGCUGUCGGGAGGGGGAAGAUGGAGUGUUCAGUGUUUAGUUCUCAUUGUUUUCCAUUUUUAAGUCUUAAGUCCUGCCUCCAACUGAGUGUGUAUGUGUCUAGAUGGAUCUGAAGGGGGCAGUAGGGUGACAAAGCCUGCUCAGGAGAUGGGCAUUAUCGCCACCAUGUGGCUUCAGUGAAUUUUUCUAAUGAAAUAAAGUUGUAUAUAUAUUUCCA